AUGCUCGACGCCGAAUUCGGAGUGUUGGGAGCAGCGCUGGGUCUGCCGGUGGACUAUGCCAAGCUCGCAACAUGCCUGCUCGUGUCAUGUAUUCUGAGCCCAGUGCUGUUGCACCUGCCGUCCGCAUGGAUGCGGCACGUCAUGAACGUGGGCGUCUCCGCCUUGUUUCUCAUUGGCGUGCUAAGGCUUCACACUGGCUUCCUGCACUUGCUUGGUGCAUGCCUUUUGGUGUAUACCACGGUCAAGUAUCGCGUGGGCGGUGCCACGUAUAUGCCGUGGAUUGUAUUUGUGACCGUGAUGGUACACAUGCUGUACACCCACUGCGUCCGCGAGCUGAACCAUGUCCCGCUCACGACCGUUGAGAUCUCGUCUAUGCAUAUGGUGCUUGUGAUGAAUCUUUCGUCAUUUGCAUGGAGCUGCUACGAUGGCCAGUUGCGACCGAAGAACGCUGUCUUGGACCAGCAGCAGUCGGCCGCGGCGAUCACCGAGAUGCCGUCGUUGCUCGAAUUCCUGGGCUACUGCUUUUACUUCCCGGGUGUGCUCGUUGGCCCAUCUACGCGCUUCCGUGACUACCAACGGUGGGCUAACGGUACGCUGUACCAGCCCUUGCGCCAUGUACCGUCGGGCCGAUGGAUCGAAGCGCUGCGUGAACUGCUUGUGGCAGUGAUCUCGCUUGUGCUGAUGACAUCGCUUGGCGGCUUUUACGACUACCUGCGCCUGCCCAACACGGCCGAUGUGCUCUAUUCGUGGCCAUGGUGGCAGCGUAUCUUGUUCCUACAAGUGUGUGGCAUUGUCGCGCGCUUCCGCUACUUUGGCGUGUGGUCGCUAUCGAACUCGGCCUGCAUUCUCUCCGGCCUUGCGUACAAUGGUAUGGACUUGGCUACCAAUAAGGCACGCUGGGACCGAUGCAAGAACGUUUAUGUGGUGCGCAUCGAGACAAGUCACAACUGGAAGGAAGUGCUGGAUGCGUGGAAUGCCAAUACCAAUAUUUGGCUGCGUGAAGCGGUGUACAAGCGCUUGGCCGGCAACAAGAAGCCUGGCUUUGGCAGCGUGCUGGGCACCUUUUUGGCUAGCGCCAUCUGGCAUGGCAUUGCGCCUGGCUACUAUUUGUCGUUUGUACUGGGUGCUAUGUGCCAAUGGCUCGCACGUCUCCUGCGCAAGUCGGUUCGUCCCAUCUUUUUUGCCAACCCACGCUCGCCGGAUCCCACUCUGCGUACCAUGUCACAGUACUCGUUCGCGCAAAUUGUCUACUCGCUCCUGUCGUCAGUGAUCACGCUGACCUCAGUCAACUAUGCAGCUAUGCCCUUCCUGACCCUCGGGUUGUGGGAAUCGAUUCAAGCUUGCAGGGCCGUGUACUGGCACUAUCAUAUCAUUGUGGCCAGUGGUCUACUGGCUUUCCAACUUGGGCUUGGAAAACUGCUACGUCCCUAUCACCAACGUCCUCCCCCAUCCAAGAAACAACACUAA